ACAUUGCUUCGAAUACAUUACUGCUGUUUCUGUCUUACAAUAUUACUUGUCCUCGAGUUUUCGCCAUUUCACGUUGCGUCAGUUAAUUAAUAAAUAUAUACACAAGUUUUCCAAAAAAAGAUAACUCUAUUUAUAUAUAAAACGAACUAAUUACUAAAUUUUGUAGUUUAGUUUGUUGUUCGGACGACUUGAUAAAAAUUAAAUUAAAUAUUCCAUCGACGUGAACGACAUUUGCAAGUUCCGAUUGUGAUUCGAAGAGUGGAAAUUGUUUUGUGCAUACAUAUUUUUUAUAAGUAUAAUGGCUGUCAUUUCUUCAAAACAGAGCGUCUACAGAUGGAUACUAAAGCAUCAACAUAAAUUAAAACAAACUGUUAGAUCCUGUUCCUUGCAAGUUAAAGAAGCUCCUCAAAUAGAUGAUAUUGCAAAUGAACGUUAUGAAACUGAUUCGGAAAUAACAUUCAAGGCUAGUGAUCUCACUACAAAACUCGCCGAUCCGGGAAAACUUCGACCAAAACCUGAUGUUAGUGAAUUAAAAUUUGGGCAUUUCUUUAGUGACCAUAUGCUGAAAAUAAACUAUUACGAAAAAUUGGGAGGCUGGCAGAAACCCAAAAUAGUACCAUUUGGAAAUCUUUCACUGCAUCCUGCAGCUAGAGCACUACAUUACGCUAUUGAGCUAUUUGAAGGAACAAAAGUGUAUAGAGGUGUAGAUGGCAAAUUGAGAUGGUUUCGACCGGACCUAAAUAUGAUACGGAUGAAUAAAUCCGCCGAAAUGGUCGGAUUACCAACUUUCAACUGUGACGAACUGAUUAAAUGUAUUACCAGAUUAAUACAAAUAGAUCAAGAAUGGGUACCGCAUAGUGAGAAGGCCAGUUUGUACAUAAGACCUACGUUCAUCGCCAUUGAUGGAACUCUCGGAGUAGCGAAAAGUGAGUCUUCAUUGCUUUACGUCAUAAUGUGCCCUGUGGGAUCUUACUGGGCAGAAGGGCAAAAUGAUUCCGUCGCUUUGUAUGCCGACCCAAGAUACGCUCGAGCUUGGCCCGGUGGUUGUGGAAACAGUAAAUUAGGUUCAAAUUACGCACCGACAAUUAGAGUUCAAAGUGAUGCUCAGAAAAGAGGCUUGCAGCAAGUUUUGUGGUUAUAUGGACCGGAGAACUACAUUACAGAAGUGGGAACGAUGAACAUUUUCCUUUAUUAUAAAGAUUCUAAUGGAGAAAAAGUUUUGGCAACUCCGCCAUUAAACGAAUUGAUUCUUCCUGGAGUAAUAAGAGACUCCAUACUUGCAUUGGGAAGGCAAUGGAAGGAAUUUAGAGUAGAAGAACGGAUGGUAACGAUGAGGGAAUUAGUAAAUCUCCAAAAACAAGGACGACUUUUAGAGAUGUUUGGUGCGGGUACUGCUUGUAUAAUCACCCCUGUAGCAUCUAUCGAAUUUCUAGGCGAUACCAUCACCAUACCCACCAUGCAACAGGAGAAUCCCAUCUACCGAAAAUUGAGGAGUUACCUUUCGGCUAUUCAAUACGGCCACAUAGAACACCCAUGGGGAAUGAUAAUCGAUUAGUAAUAUCGAAUAGUAUUUAUAACGACUGUGGAUUGAAUAUGCAACAGAAACGACUUCUGAUCCACAAUAAUUAAUGAAAUUGAAGGUGUUAGACAACAAAUUAUGAAAAACUGAGCGGAGAGAGGUGGGAUUACGAACAAGACAAACUUGACAACAUCAUACAAUGUAUACAAGAUUUUCAGUGCUUGAAUUCGAUAGUCCAAAGAUGCAGUUUUCAACCAGAUUAAUAUAAUAGCUGCUUUCCAUUUACAUGAAAUUUCAGAUUAUUCUCACUUGUGACGUCUUAACUCAGUUCAAUGCAAUUUUCUUUUCAGUCUCACAAGUGAGACUUAACUGAGUUUUUAUUAGCAAUCUGUAUAAGUUUCAGUCCGUGUGCUUUAAUGAUUUUUGUGAACUCAGAUUGAAAGUGACGUGCCAUUAAAAUAAGCAAGAAAGUACUAAAUAUUAAAUGGUGUCGUUUCUUUCGCUGCGAGUAUCAGACGAUAGACCAAUGAUAUUGGAAAAUUUUAUGUGAUUAUUAAGAAUAUCAACUCGCAUUACGCAUUCCUUUUAUUCACUAAGCAGUGAAGUCAUUAUCUGAGUAUAAUAAUAUAACAGUUAAGCUGUGGCUUGUUCGUACUUACGAUACCGAGUUCAUAUUUUUGAUUAAUGUAAUUUACGAUCUUUGCAUUUUUUAAAAAAUUAUAAUUUGACGUAUAUAAAUUCAUCUACUUUAUAGUUUGAAAUAGUUAUAGGCAAUGAAACUACAACAUGUUCGUACAAACCUCGACUAGGGAUGUAGGGCAUAUUAAAUCAUGAAAGUUUUAAAUGUAAUAAUAUGUGGAGAAACAGAAUAUUUUUAAUUUAUUUUCCACUAAAAGUUUGGACAAAUGUAUUAGUCGUAAUUUUAAUGAUUUUGAAUCAUUUUACUCUACCAACAGGGCACUUAGAUACAUAUGUUGGGGUAAAGUUGAAUGAAAUUGUUUAAAUUAUAAUUUUUAUUUAUAAUCACUCUUACAAAUUACUUGUUACUUUACCAAAUUGGCAAGUGUAAUAUUUUUAGUCUUUAGAACGAAAUUGCUAAAACUUUCUUUCCUUGAAUUACAAAUAAAACUAAAAAAAAUAGAAACAAAACAAUCUAAGUUUACAUUUAAGUACUAUCAUCAAAUUUUGUUCAUUAUUUUUAUUAAAUACUGUUAUUUUUGUUCCUCACCACGUUGUCCCUUUUUUCUCAAGUAUAGUUCCUAUUACUUUGUCUCAUGUCGCUUUAGGUCUUCUUUUUUUUUGUUUUUGCCUGAUUUUACUACCCAAACUCUCUUCACUAGUCUUAAAUCUUCCAUUCUUUGUAAAUGACCCGACCAACUUAACUGCAUUGGCUCAAUGAAUUUAAUGAGAAACAUGAUCUCCAGAUUUUGUCGUAUUUUUGGUCAUUUGUUAAUCUAUGCCUUUUUUAUGACACCUUUCACACGCCCAAGACAUGCAGUAAUUACCACAGUAAAUAGUGCAGCAUAUGCAUUCAAGGAGGUAACAAAUAAGGAUUUGUCUUUGGGAGCACUAAGUGACACAAGGUUUAGCAGCAGAUAUAAAAACUUGCGAGCUCUUCAACAACACUUAGUAGAUAUACUGCACACUCUGGGCAAUAUUGAAGCAACUGACUCAUAAACUGGCAGAUAUGCUCACGGAUUGAUCACAUGUAUUACCAAAAUUGAGUUCAUUUUUGUAUUGAAUAUUGAACCACUUUUUUGAAAAAAUUAAAUUUUUUCAAAGUACAAACAGAAUCAUAAUGGAUCUAUUCAUGAAGUAGUCCAGGUGGUUGUCAGCGUAGUUAUGUCCAUAAAUGGUAAAAUACACGAAGAAGAAUUCCAAAAGUUUUUUACUGAAGCACUUGAUUUUGUGAAAGACAUGGCUUUGAGAGGCCAACAGUUGAACGCAAAAGAAAACUAACACCUAAAAUAGGAGGAGGAGGUGUUCAUCUUGAAUAUGAUUCACCACUAUCCUAUUUUUUGGAAAGUUCUACUUCUUUGUUUGAUACACUUAGUGAGAGCAAUAGUUUACGAUUUAAAAAAACAACAGACUCUACUCUGCAACAUGAAAUUAUGGCUGACUGCAUUGGCGAAAAACAAUUUAGUUUGUAAAUACCGUAUCAAAAAAGCAUUUUUAGUUGUGAGUUCCGCGUUUGGUUUGGAAAAUUAUAUUGUAGCUUCAAAAAUUGAUGAAUUUUCAGAAAUGAAAACCAACUCGAUCGUCAUCUUGUGCCAAAUUUGGUUAGGUUAGCUUCUGCAACUGUUUUAGACUAUCCCUGUUUCCACUGAAACGGCAGUAAGAUCUUGCAAAACUAUUUGAGGAAUUCUAUGCUCCAACAACGUUUAUCACAUUUGGCUAUACUAGCCAUUGAAAAUCAUGUGGUUACAAACAUCGAGGAACGCGUGAAAAUUUAUGCCAGGCGAAAAUAAAGACAUCUAGCGUUGUUUUAAAGCAGUGACACUUUGAGAAGACUUCUAUAAUGUAAAAUUAGAUUACUGUCUGCUAUCUAUUAUUUUUAUUUAUACUUCAUUAAUUUGUACUUGUUCGUUUAUUUUAUUUAUAUACUUGCGGCCAUAGAAAUCGGCCCGCUGUAAACUUUUGACUUUAAGUAUAUGAACGUAUAUAUAUAUAUAUAUAUAUAUAUAUAUAUAUAUAUAUAUAUAUAUAUAUAUAUAUAUAUAUAUAUAUAUUGAAAAUAAUGCAUUAAUCAAAUUAAGUUUUUUAUUAUUAACAUAAAUAGGGUUAUCGACAAUUUAAAACUCAACACUUAAUUCCUUAAUAAUAUGUACACGCACACGUCGUACACGCCUUAGGUCGGCCCUGAUAAAAAUAUAACGUUUCGGCCUAUUUCGAUCUCGUAUCUCCUAAUAAAGAUUAUUGUCAAUCAGAAGGGAGGUAAAAUAAAGAAGUUUUAUCAACACGAAAUAAACCAAAUAAUUAAUUAAAAAAAUGUACUAAAUCCAUUUAAAACCCUUAACUUGCCUUUGAUAUACAGGGUGUUUCGAAUUAAGUGCGCACUAUUGCUAACUUUUUUAAUAGUCUAGAUACGAAGUCGGUUAAAUCGCAAAGUAGUAGUAUCAUGUAUGUUGUAUAGGAGCUUUUAUAUUCUGCAAAUAAUUUAGAAAGUUUUGAGCCAAAAACAUACAAGGAGUUCUAUUAAAAAAUAUUCUAUUUGUCCGAUUUACUGGAAAACGGUAUAAGCAAUUUUUUUCUGUUUCGGCAUCUUAAUCAGCGAGAAAAAUACUACUACUUUGCUAAUUCAACCGACUUCGUAUCUAGAAUAUUAAAAAAGUUAGCAAUGGUGCGCACCUAAUUUGAAACACCCUGUAUAUGAGGAUAUUCACAGGAUGUUACAGAAGAUCGUGAACACCUAGUACAACAUAUCCAAUACUAUCAGCUGACUGCCUGUCGAUGCGAUCACAUCGAAUAAUAGAAUUAAUAUAAAAGAUAGAGAGAGCGAGGUAUAGGAGCUUGUUCAAGUGAGCCUGAACUACUGAUAAAGAGAGAAAAAACAUCGAUAUACCACUCUUUAUCUCUUUAAUCUAUUCUGAUUUCAUCGCCAUGACGUCGAACGGCAAAGGAGGAAAAUAACAAGUUUGAUUUUAAUAGAUCAUUUCGAGUAACGUUGGCCAUUUUGUCGUGGUGCACAAAGGUUUUGUUUCAUUGUAUAGAAAAGAAAUAAUUUCGAGUGCUUUUUUAUAUAAAUAUAUAUAUUUUCAUAUAAAUGAGUAUUUUAUAUCAUAAGAAGAAAUGUUUAUCCUUCAAGACGAUAUGACGGUUAAUUGUGACGCCAUCCUAAGAUGAGUAGUAGAGAGUUAUAAAAAAUGGUAAACCGAUGCUCUAUCUCUCUCUUCUAAUUGUAUCAUCCCUUUUCCGCUUUUCCCUCUCCAAUACUAACAAUCUGUAUAUCGGAUGCGCUUAAACAUUUAUAGGAGCGUUCUAGAAAUGUCAUCUUAUAAAUCGAUUAUUGGAAUAAAUGCUUGUGUAUCUAUGUGCCUCUUGUACCAUUGUGCCCGACUUUCCCUAAUUAUGAUAAAAAUAUCGUUUAAUGGCCUUAACAACACUCUACAAUUUGUCAAAUGUUUUUAUAUACAUAACUGUAUGAUUGAUUAGUUAUUUAAUAAAUUAUUUUAUUCAUACAA